UUCCUCCGCGUAUAAAAAUUCUCAUUUCGUCAUUUUUUUAUCAGAUCCAAGAAAAUUAAAAAAACACAGAGAGAAGCUUCUAAAACGAUGCCGUACUACACAAGAGAUGAGAACGACGUCGACGAUUUCGAUGAGUUUGAUCCAACGCCGUACAGUGGUGGUUACGACAUCACCGUGAUCUACGGCCGUCCGAUUCCACCUUCCGAUGAGACUUGUUACCCUCUCUCCUCUGGCGUCGAUGACGAUGACGAAUACGAGAGACCUGAAUUCACUCAGAUCCAUGAGCCUUCUGCUUACGGAGACGAAGCUCUUAACACAGAGUACAGUAGCUAUUCUCGACCCAAGCCACGACCCGCAUUCCGACCCGAUUCAGGUGGUGGCGGUCAUGUUCAAGGUGAGAGACCUAGUCCUGGUUAUGGAUCUGGAUCCGGUUAUGGUGGUCAGACGGAGAGUGAAUAUGGUAGGAGGCCUGAAUCUGGAUAUGGUGGUGAAACGGAGAUAGAGUAUGGUCGGAAACCUGAGCAGAGUUAUGGAUCUGGUUAUGGUGGUAGGACGGAGACUGAAUCGGAGUAUGGAUCUGGUGGUGGAAGAACUGAGGUUGAGUAUGGUAGGAGACCUGAAUCGGGGCUUGGAUCUGGUUAUGGUGGCAGAUCGGAGUCUGAGUAUGAGCGUAAGCCUAGCUAUGGUAGGUCUGAGGAACAAGAGGAAGGUUACAGGAAGCCUAGCUAUGGUGGAUCUGAAGAACAAGAGGGAGGUUACAGGAAGCCUAGCUACGGAAGAUCUGAGGAUCAGGAAGAAGGAAGUUACAGGAAGCCUAGCUAUGGAAGAUCUGAGGAAGGAGAGGAAGGUUACAGGAAGCCUAGCUAUGGAAGAUCUGAGGAGCAGGAGGAAGGGAGUUACAGGAAGCCUAGUUAUGGAAGGUCUGAGGACCAGGUGGAGAGUUACAUUAAGCCUAGCUAUGGAAGAUCUGAAGAACAAGAGGAAGGGAGUUACAGGAAGCCUAGCUAUGGAAGGUCUGAGGAACAGGAAGAGGGGAGUUACAGGAAGCCUAGUUAUGGAAGGUCUGAGGAACAGGAAGAAGGGAGUUACAGGAAGCCUAGCUAUGGCCGUCGCAAUGACGAUGAUGAUGAUGAGCAGCGCAGGGACCGUUCUGGUUCUGGUGAUGAGGAAGGGAGCUAUGGUCGCAAGAAAUAUGGUGGCAAUGACUCUGAUGAUGAUGAGGAGAAGAAGCAGCACCGUCACAAGCAUCACCACCAGAGACGUCGUGAUGAAGACGAUGAUUAAACCCCUUCUUUGCUGGAGGGUGUGAUGAGAAAGUGUGUUUGCUUAGCUUCAAAUAUCUACUAAAUAAAGAGCUAAGUGACAUAUCUUUCUACAUAAUUUAUUUCGACGUUGGUGCUGUGUUUGUUUGAAUCUCUAUAUAUUACUGCAGAGCCUGUGUUUGUACGGGUUCAUCAUAAUAAGACCUUGAAGUGUUAUUGGGUCACCAUGUAACUGUUGUUACUCUGUUUCGUUUCUUAUCAAUAUUUUGUGUUAUGAUUUACCUUUA